AUGGGAGACGCUCAACCACGCACCGUGCACAUCCUCAUCACCGGCUUCGGGCCAUUCACCGUCCGCCGAGGACAGGAUAUCGACAAUUCCAAUUCGGUGCCCGUGAACCCCUCUUCCGAGCUCAUCCGUUUUCUACCCGACACACUCGCCCUCCCGUCGGGGACGAUGAUCCAGCUGACCCGCGUGCCCGACCUGCACGUCUCCUACGAAGGGCUGAAGAAAGACGUUGAGCGCUUGUAUGCCGAACGCGGGUGGGACGCCGUAAUCCACUGCGGUGCCGCUUCUCGCCGUCCGCAGAUUUGCGUUGAACUCCUCGCCCGACGCUUUGCCUACCAGCUCCCCGACACGGAUGGCAACUUCGCCAGUGCGCAAGAGGUGUAUCCCGCUGCUGAGGAUACGAAGGAACGAUACGACACUUUGUUCGAUGGGAGCGCACUCGUGGCGCAGCUUGAAGCCCAAGGGUGGAAAGGCCGUGUACGCACCUCGGACAACGCCGGGUUGUACCUGUGCGAAUGGACGUACUACAUCGGGCUGAGGCAGGCGGCGCUCAAGGGAGGGCACACGAAGGUGCUGUUUCUGCAUGUACCUGUCGAGGGCGGAGAGCUGGAGUGGACGCAUGAGGGCAUGGCAAGCUGUGUCGAGGCAGUCGUGAAGUGGUGCGCGGGGCAGGUAUAAUGGGAAGAAUGAGUUGCUUCACGGUUUCCCCGGACUCUGCCCGAAGGCACGUCCAUCUUUCAUAUCGAUCAUAUUGGAUUGGAAUGUAUCACUAUUGUAGAAACACAUGCAAUAGAAUUAAC